AUGUUCGACCCGUCCAGACAUCUGGCCCACACCGCUCCAUCCAAAGUGUACAGCAUGAAAGAGCUCGGCUACUCGGACAGUCGAGGUGUUUCUCCCGUGGGAGUUUCUGAGCCGUUCCCAUUGUUCUCUGCAGAGGCCAUUCAGCAAAUGCGAGCAGAGGUUCUGAGCGACGAAGUUUUUAUGAAGCACAAAUACUCUAGUGAUCUCGCUCAAUGCCAACUGCGAGGAUAUGCGGCCGAGUGCGCACCAUUCAUCUAUGAUGCCUGGAGAAACCCCGAAACCCUGGCAAUUGUCUCGAAAAUCGCGGGUGUAGAUCUCGUUCCUGCCCUCGACUUCGAGAUUGGCCACGUUAAUAUCUCCGUUCACAGUGAGCAGGAGAAGAACGAAGCUCUCAAAGCAGUCAUGGAGAAAGCAACGCGUCAGGCGGACGAAGGCGUGGCGGGAUGUCCCUGGGAGGAUGAAGACCCGAUUGUGGACUGGCAUACAGACAGUUACCCUUUUGUCUGCGUGACCAUGCUUUCCGACUGCACAAACAUGAUUGGAGGCGAGACAGCUUUGAGGAAGGGCAAUGGCGAAGUGGUCAAGGUCCGAGGACCACAGAUGGGAUCUGCUGUCAUUCUCCAAGGGCGCUAUAUUGAGCACCAGGCGCUUCGUGCUCUGGGCACAACUGAACGUAUUUCCAUGGUCACCUCUUUUCGACCUCGCGCUUCAGCUAUCAAAGAUGACACUGUGCUCACCACAGUGCGUCCAAUCUCCAACCUUGGAGAAUUAUACCAUCAGUUUGCUGAGUAUCGGUUCGAAAUCCUUGAAGAACGUCUGCGAGAUGCCAAUCGAUUCAUGCGCGACCAGAAGAGAGCUAACAGGCCCUUUGACACCCGUUUACUCAAAACGUUUAUUCAAGAGCAGAUAGCUUUCUUGGAGCACAUGAACAAGGAAGUAGUUGACGAUGAUAAAGUCCUAAAAGGUGUUACCGAUGACGGCCACCUGGUAUCAGAGGAUCUUAAGCAGCGGCGUUCCAAAAAACGAAGCUUUGCUGCUGUGGAAUAG